GUCCUGCUUUCAGCUGGAAUCUGAUAGCCAACAGUUGAAGAACAGUUUCCAAACAUCCUGUCAGCUAAGCGGUUAUACUGGGUAUCAUGAGCAUCAAUGAUUUUGUAAUACUCCCAGGCUCAAAACCUGGAACCUCGGUGAGAUUAAAAGCAAAAACUGUCAGAGAAUUGCAGUUGGAGAAAGCACAGUUAGAAAAAGAAAACAAAGAGAUGGAGAAGAAAUUACGGCAACUACAGUCAAACAUGAGCAGAGAAAAAGAAGAGAGAAAGAAAUCAAGUGCUUAUCGUUGGAAAUCUGGACAGGCAGGACCAAUGACCAUUCAAGCCCGAGUUUUGUCACAAAGCAAAGAAAACAAUAAUAAGGUUUCUUCAGGAAAAGUGAAGUUGCAAAUACUCAAAGAACAGAUUCAAGAGCCAGUGAAAGAAGCAUUUGAGCACGAAAUGGCAAAUGCUGUAGCUCAUGAAAAAUCUGAAGUGAAAGGGAUAGCAUGUGGACUAUGUGAAAUUAAGAGUGUGCUGCUGACAGAAGCUGAUAUACAUGUUGGAAAAUUGGAAGUCGUUGAUCACUUCAUCAAAGAAGUAAAUCUGAAUGAAUCAAAAAUUAAUCAUGAGCAGAAGAAAGUAAACAGCAAGCAUCAGGUCACAUCAGACAAGUUUUCAUCUCUCCUAGCAUCAGUAGGCAGCGCUGAGGAACUGUCCUCAGAAUCAACCUGUACAGGCCUUGAAAAUCAGGACAAAGGAUUAUUCCUAAAUGGUACAUUUAAUGAGGAGGAAUCUGCACAGUCUUUUCAGGAAGCUUUGCUUCAAUGGAGAAAAGGUAGUUGUGAUCACAGAGAACAACUGCGUGCCAGUGAGCUCCUAUCAGAAUCUGUGGGAAUUUGUGAGGUACAGACCAAUCUUACUGUUAUGAACGAACCUAUCCGAAUUGAAUUCAAGAAGGAUGGCCUGAGCUACAUGGAGAAACUCUUGCUUAAGAAAUACAGAAGAACUCCUGUUGAUCAAAUUUCUGGUAGUUGCAUUAAAGAUUUAAGGCCUGUGCAAACACUGAGUGUACAUCAGGCUGUGCUUGGAGGAGGGGGAGAAGGAGAUGAUGACGGUGAUGAUGAUGUUGAUGACUUAACAGUUGAAGAGGUGAAGAGAUAUUGGACAUCUGUUUUUAGAGAGGAAGUACCCAAUGCUGUUUCUGAAAGUGCAGAGUCCUCGUUGAAAAUUGAGUUCCUUGAUGAUUCUUAUGGCAAGGACUUGGAAGAAUCAUCUAACUUUUUGGUGCUGGAAGCUGGGUCUAUGGGAAUGAAUAAGCAAGGAAAAACUGAACCACUCAAGCAGUGUGGAAGUGGUUCAGCAGUUGCAGAUCAGAACAACGCAGCGCAAGACCUUUUGCAAAGAGAAACUGUAGGCAUAAUGAGAAAGUCAUCUUGUUAUUUAACGUCCACACCUGACACUCAAUAUUUUUUACCUCUUCCUCUUGACAGAAACCCUGUUUCUUCUAAAGAAGUUUCUCAAGAAAAAAUGAUUGUCUGCAGUCAUCUUGAAAGAAAUGCAGUGCAAAGGGAAAGUAUUAAACUAAAGACUAUGAGAAGAUCACUUAGCUCCUGUAAACUACCUGAGAAGAUCUCUAAUCCUACUGAACUAAUGAGCACCAAAUAUCACCUUGAGACACAACUGCAGAAAAACAAUAAAGAUUCACAAGAACUGGACAGUGUCUGCAGUAGUCACAGUUUGGUUUUGCCUGUAAUUACAAAGUCUUCAGUGUUACAGGAUGUAGCCAAAAGACAGAAAUCUGUUUCUACGCGGUAUUGGGGACUUGAAGGUUUCUUUGUUGUAGGUACAAACCCUAAACAAGUAAUGCCUGAAGCACGUUCUUCACGGUGUGCUGACUCUAGCCCUAUGGACAGUAGUAUCCCGUUUCCAGGAGAUGGAAAGUGGGUUACUGAAAGGAGCUUAAGUGAAUAUGCUGAUGACUCUGUAGUUCAAGGUGUCUUAGAAAGUCAGUUGAAUAGACCUUCAGGUGGUUUGGAGACUCAAAAUAGAAUUUCUCCCCUGACGGCAGCGUGGAGGUCAUACCCAGGGAAUGAUUCUAGAAGACCUUGGUCAACAAAUAUGCUACACUGUAAACUGGCUGGAAAUUGUCCAACAAACACACAGCCAAGACCAAAGAGUUCACCUAUGCAUAUGUUUAGAGUUGAUACUGAGAUAUCAAAACACAAGUGCCUUGGUGUAACUGAACAAGAUGAGUAUCUUUGGGAAUAUAUUGCUGACCAAGAAGCCCUACUUACUCUGGAAAAAGAAUUACAAAGUUAUACAGGUCCUGAAAAACGUUACAGCUUAACUUCUGGAGAUGUAGCCUCCUCCAGCAGACACUCAGAGAAGAUAUGUGGAAAUACUACAGAUUUCCAUAAAAACCUGGAGCUAAAAGACCACAUCAGAGUUGAUACGCUCAGGGGCUGGGAUGAAAGCCAAAUGGAUGAUGAGGAAGAAAUUCUGGAGGAUAAGCAGCAGGUUCUUGCAUUACAGUGAACAUGCAAAGAACUUAAUGCAAUUUCUAUCUUUGCGUAUCAUAGAAAACCAAGAAGCAGACGAAGAGGUGUCUUGAGUGCUGCUCAAGAUAUUAUUUAUUAAGAAUUGUUCUGUAAAAUUGUCAAUAAAA